AUGUUCCGCCGCCCAGGUGCUGGCCGCUCCAAGGCUUCCGCCGACACGCUCUGCCAAAAGUGCCUGCAGCGCGGACACUACAGCUACGAGUGCAAGGCGCCCGCCCAGGAGCGCCCCUACAAGUCGCGCCCCUCGCGGACCCAGCAGCUUCUCAAUCCCAAGCUCCAGCCCAAGCUCACCACCGACGUGCCCGAGGACCUGGUCCGGAAGAAGGGCAUCGCCGACGAGAUUCUGAAGAAGAAGGACGACGACCGCAAGCGCGCGCGCUCCCUCUCCACCUCGUCUGCCGACUCCAUCUCGACCAUCUCGACAAACCGCUCGCGCUCGCGCUCACCACCGCGGCGAAAACACCGCGACUCACGGCGCCGCGCACCCGACGAUGGAGCCCUGCGCAAACGGAGCAGGCGAUCCGUGUCGAGUGACUCGCGCUCGUCGCGAGACUCGGACAGGCCCGACAGGAACACGCGGCGGCGCAUGAGCUCCUUCAGCCCCGACGAGCGAGGCCGCCGGAGAACCAGGUCCAAGUCGAGGUCGAGGUCAGCGCGCAUCCAGCCAUCGCCUGAGAAUGCUCGGCGAAGGAUACCACACAGCGCCAGCGCCAGUGUACGCUCACGCAGCAGAAGCGUCCGGCGAGACAGGAAGCACCCAGACCGACGGCACUCAGUAGCGCCAUCACGAUCCAGAAGCCCAGACCCCAUGGAUACCUCGGACGAGCGGAACCCGUCCCACGGCGCCGCCUCGAGGGCUAGAUGGGAAGCCUCCCCGCCACCGAAGCGCCAGUCCUCGCGAUCACCCUCGCCAUACCGCGGCAGUCGCGACCGCAGUCCGAGUCGGUUUUCCAAGCGCAGAGCCCUGCGGCGGUCGCGCAGCCCGCGCGAGUCGAGGAACGGAGGUCCCAGGCGAGGCAGUCCAAGUGGAAUAGCAAGAAGCCGUUUCGACAACCAUCCGCCCGCUCCUCUACCAGCACAAGUAGCAGCAGCACCUCCACCAGCUCCAAGAGAACGCAGUUUGAGUCCCUACAGCAAGCGCCUUGCCCUCACAAGAGCCAUGCACAACGGAUAGAUUGAGGCAAUGGACAUGGAUUGCACCAAAAACGAGCAAGCGUUCAUAGCAGAAAUCAUCGAAUUAGGUAUUGUUCAUAGCGGAGAGCGUCGAAUUGGGCUUAGUUUGGUCCAUCCUGUUUUCUUGUAAGUAAUGUUAGAGUAAAAAAGAAAGGCAGGGGACUGCAAGGUUAGGCGCUUUAGUUUUAAAUCAUCAAUAGCCCAGUGGUUUCACUCGGUCGAGGCAUUGG